UUCUGGAAGCUCGGGUCGGGAUUUCUCGAACACUCGUUAAAGGUACAAAAGCUGCACAGACACUCUCAGCCCCUCAGUCUGCAUCCAAAUCGCUGCACCGGAGAUCGGAGUAUCUGCACCUCGGAAACGAUCCGCACAUUUUUCAUUGUGGACUUUACCGAAGACCAAGAUGCCUGAAUCACACGACCAACAAAUGGAGGAGGAGGCUGAGACCUUUGCAUUCCAGGCUGAGAUUGCUCAGCUGAUGUCCCUGAUUAUCAACACUUUCUAUUCCAACAAAGAGAUCUUCCUCAGGGAGCUUAUCUCCAACUCCUCAGAUGCCCUGGACAAAAUCCGCUAUGAGAGUCUCACUGAUCCCACCAAGCUUGACAUGGGCAAGGAUCUCAAAAUUGAAAUCAUUCCCAACAAAGAGGAGCGCACCCUGACCCUAAUUGACACGGGUAUCGGCAUGACCAAGGCCGAUCUGAUCAACAACCUGGGCACAAUCGCCAAGUCCGGCACCAAAGCUUUCAUGGAGGCUCUGCAGGCUGGAGCCGACAUCUCCAUGAUCGGUCAGUUCGGCGUGGGUUUCUACUCUGCCUACCUGGUGGCUGAGAAAGUGACAGUUAUCACCAAACACAAUGAUGAUGAGCAGUAUGCCUGGGAAUCCUCUGCCGGAGGCUCCUUCACAGUUAAAGUAGACAACUCUGAACCAAUGGGGCGUGGAACUAAGGUGGUCCUGCACCUGAAAGAAGACCAGACAGAAUACCUAGAGGAGCGAAGGAUCAAAGACAUUGUGAAGAAGCAUUCACAGUUCAUUGGCUACCCCAUCACACUCUUUGUGGAGAAGGAACGGGACAAGGAGGUGAGCGACGACGAGGCAGAGGAGGAGGAGAAAGAGAAGGACAAGGACGAAGACGAGAAGGACGAGGACAAACCAGAGAUUGAAGACGUCGGGUCAGAUGAUGAGCACGACCAUGACAAGAGUUCAGACAAAAAGAAGAAGAAGAAGAAGAUCAAGGAGAAGUACAUUGACCAGGAAGAGCUGAACAAGACCAAACCCUUGUGGACCCGUAACCCAGACGACAUCACAAAUGAGGAGUAUGGAGAGUUCUACAAGAGCCUCACCAACGACUGGGAGGACCACCUGGCUGUCAAGCACUUCUCAGUGGAAGGUCAGCUGGAAUUCCGCGCCUUGCUCUUCGUGCCUCGUCGUGCUCCCUUCGACCUCUUUGAGAACAAGAAGAAGAAGAACAACAUCAAGCUUUACGUGCGCAGGGUCUUUAUCAUGGACAACUGUGAUGAGCUAAUCCCUGAGUACCUCAAUUUCAUCAAGGGUGUGGUGGACUCCGAGGAUCUGCCUCUGAACAUCUCCAGAGAGAUGCUGCAGCAGAGCAAGAUCCUGAAGGUCAUCCGAAAGAACCUGGUCAAGAAGUGCCUGGAACUUUUCACAGAACUGUCUGAGGACAAGGACAACUACAAGAAAUGCUAUGAGCAGUUUUCAAAGAACAUCAAGCUUGGUAUUCAUGAAGACUCCCAGAAUAGGAAGAAGUUGUCUGAGCUGCUGCGCUACUACACCUCAGCCUCUGGAGACGAGAUGGUUUCCCUGAAAGACUAUGUCACACGCAUGAAGGAAAACCAGAAGCACAUCUACUACAUCACUGGUGAGACCAAAGACCAGGUGGCCAACUCUGCCUUUGUGGAGCGUCUUCGCAAAGCCGGCCUGGAGGUCAUUUACAUGAUCGAGCCCAUUGAUGAGUACUGUGUCCAGCAGCUGAAGGAGUUCGAGGGCAAGAACCUGGUUUCAGUGACCAAGGAAGGCCUGGAGCUGCCCGAGGAUGAGGACGACAAGAAGAAGCAGGAGGAGAAGAAGGCUCAGUUUGAGAACCUUUGCAAGAUCAUGAAGGACAUUUUGGAAAAGAAGGUGGAGAAGGUUACUGUCUCCAACCGUCUAGUCUCUUCCCCUUGCUGCAUCGUCACCAGCACCUACGGCUGGACAGCCAACAUGGAGAGGAUCAUGAAGGCCCAGGCCCUGAGAGACAACUCCACCAUGGGCUACAUGGCAGCUAAAAAACACCUUGAGAUCAAUCCUGACCAUCCCAUCGUAGAGACACUGAGGCAGAAGGCAGAGGCGGACAAGAACGACAAGUCUGUGAAGGACCUGGUCAUCCUCCUCUUUGAGACGGCCCUGCUCUCCUCAGGAUUCACACUGGACGACCCUCAGACCCACUCCAAUCGCAUCUACAGGAUGAUCAAACUGGGUCUUGGUAUCGAUGAAGACGACCCCACAUCAGACGACGUCACCCCCGCUCCCACCGAGGACAUGCCACCUCUGGAAGGAGAAGACGAUGACGCAUCCAGAAUGGAAGAGGUGGAUUAAACCUGUUUGAUUCUCCUGCUACUGUUCAGAAGUAGUGUUAUAUACAGUUUAAAUUUAUAUGUUGUAAAUUAAUAUAAAUGAGCAUGAAAUGUUCCCCCACAGAACAUCUUUUUGACCAUGCUGAGUUUAUUUCCAUUUUCACUGGCCACUUGCAGUUCCCAUUCCUUUUUGAACUUCAUUUUUCAAGCGGCCACUUUUUGUAUCUUGAGUUGUAACAACCCAUUUGUUUUUGUAUUUAUUGACAUUCCAGAGUUUGUGUGCUUUUACUGUAAAUAUGUCAAAACUGAAACUCACAGGAACGGUAAAAUAAAGAGUUUACGAUGUUAAUAAAGUCAUGUGGUCGUUUUUCUUGA